GGUUCUCCCUGCAAACAGAGCGGAAUGAAAUCAAGCGUUGCCGCCAAGCACCGCCCUUUCCGCCUGUUCGUCCAAUCACUGCAGCCCAGUCAACCGGAAGUUUUGAACGAAUCGUACGCGGGAAACUACUAAAGUCUUCAGCUGGACAACAGAGCAGAAAUGAAGGUGGUAACGUGUGAGAUUGCGUGGCACAACAAGGAGCCAGUCUACAGUCUGGACUUCCAGCACAGCUCGGAUGGACGCGUUCAUCGACUGGCCACAGCUGGAGUGGACACCACAGUCAGACUGUGGCGUGUGGACAUGGGACCCGAUGGGAAGGCAGCUGUGGAGUUUCUGUCUAAUCUGGCUAGACAUACCAAGGCUGUCAAUGUAGUGCGCUUUAGUCCUAAUGGAGAGCUGCUUGCCUCAGGAGGAGAUGAUGCAGCGAUUCUGCUGUGGAAGCUCAAUGACUCGAAGGAGCCUGAGCAGGCACCUGUGUUUCAGGAGGAUGAAGAUGCGCAGCUCAACAAGGAGAGCUGGUCUGUGGUCAAGACACUAAGGGGACACAUAGAGGAUGUGUAUGACAUCUGCUGGACACGGGAUGGGAACUUCAUGGUGUCUGGGUCUGUUGACAACACCGCUAUUAUGUGGGACAUCAACAAAGGACAGAAGCUUUGUAUCUUGAAUGACCAUAAGAGCUACGUGCAGGGGGUGACCUGGGAUCCUCUGGGGCAAUAUGUUGCCACUCUCAGCUGUGACAGGGUGAUGCGUGUCUACAGCACUCACACCAAGAAGAAGGCUUUUUGUAUCAGUAAAAUGAGCUCUGGGCCACUUGCAGAGGGAGAGGUCAAGCAGUACAGAAUGUUCCACGAUGACAGUAUGAGGUCAUUCUUUCGACGUCUUUCAUUCACACCAGAUGGGUCUUUCCUGCUCGCCCCAGCUGGAUGUGUGGAGAUAGGAGAGAACGUCAUAAACACCACCUACAUCUUUUCCAGGAAGGGCCUCAAGAGGCCUAUUGCCCACUUGCCAUGUCCAACUAAAGCUACACUGGCUGUGCGCUGCUGCCCUGUCUACUUUGAACUCAGAACCAAGACGGGAGAAGAUGGUUCCGUCCAGGCUCUUCCCAACGUAUUCCAGUUGCCGUACCGCAUGGUGUUUGCAGUGGCAUCAGAGGACUCCAUCUUCUUGUAUGACACUCAGCAAACCCUUCCUUUUGGCCUGGUGUCCAACAUCCAUUACCACACACUCAGUGAUCUUACAUGGUCUCGCGAUGGUUCCUUCCUGGCAGUGUCCUCCACAGAUGGCUACUGCUCCUUCCUGUCCUUCUCUCCAGGGGAGCUGGGCACUCCACUUAAGGAGCCCCCCACAUUAGAGGUCUUUGUCCCAAACAGUGGUGUUGAGAAAAAAGGCAAGAAGUCAUCAGCUAGCAAGACAUCGUCUCCUGUCUCCCAGCCAUCAAGUUCAGCCCCAACACCCACAUCCCAAACCAGCCUCGGCAAAGAUUCUCCCUCAGUCACCACCCCAGAGGAGAAGAAGAGCACCCCUAGCGCCAAGUCUAAACCUCAGCCCCGCAGAAUCACCCUCAACACCCUUGAGGGUUGGGGGAAGCCCACUACCCCUAAAGCCACAGCUCCUUCAGCACCACAGACCCCAACGUCUGGAAGCACAAGCGCUCCAUCAACUCCCCAACCACAGAUUGCCCCCCUCACGCCCUCCACCCCUAAAGCCGUCAACAGUGCUAAUACAACUGGGCCCACUACUCCUAAGGGUACAACCACCCCAAAAGGGCCCACACCAAGGAGAGUGUCUUUGACUCCUGUUGCAUCCCGAUCUCCUGCUGUUAGUUCACUCUUCAGCACUCCCUCCUCCACUGAGAAGGCCAAACAUGAACGUCCGUCUCCUCCCACUGAUCCAGUGUGUCAGCCUCCAGAGUCCAAACGGCCCAAGACCAGUGACCCUCCCACAAAAGCCAGUGCCACUCAGGCUUAAUGUUUACUGAGAACAGUGUGGUGCUCUAUCAGAAGAGGCUACAUACAGCAGAGAGUGGCAGUUAAAUAAGCUUCAUUACAAAACCACUGAGGCUCCCCAUGGAUCUAAUAUGUCCGAUUGAUAUGUCCGUAUGUGAUCUAAGUAGACGAAGCUUUAACCUCACAUAACGUACUCAGUUAUAAAACAAGCAAACUGCAUUGCAGUAAAGAUCUUUGCGUUAAUUCUUCUUUUAGUCGUGUGUGUUAUGCAUCAUACUUUGAACAGAUAAUGAGGUAACUGUAUUAUAUUUGAUGUGUUUGACAUUUAGAUGCUUUACUGCUGUUGUAAAAAGGAAAAAUUGUCUCACUUCUCAUCAAGAACAUGUGAUUGAGAAACUAAAACAACUUGAAACCUGAAGAAGAAGAAGACAAAGGAAAAAAUAUGCACUUCAAGGUUUAGUGCUUUGUGUUUAGUACUGAGUGUUAAGUUGCUGAAGUCUGUAGACCAGCAGCUUGACUGAAAAGCUCGAAAUUGUCAAACAUUUAAGAGUCAUUUUCUAAUUGUCUAAUAAAGUACGUUU